GUUGCAGUAUUAUAUCGACGUGCUAGCCAUCACAAGUAGAAUGCCUUUGAAGGAUCAGAUGGUUGGAAUGCUUGAUGCAGUUGAUGAUUUAUAUGAUGGAGUUGUUGUAGAAAUGAAGCAGCAUAUGGACGCCGACAUUUUUGUUCCUUUACUUAGAGCCUCCCUUUCACAAUGGAAGCAACAGGGGAAGAGAGGUGUUUGGAUAAAACUGUCAAUCCAACUUGCUAAUCUCAUCUAUCCAGUAGUUCAGGAAGGAUUUAGGUAUCAUCAUGCUGAAUCAGAUUACUUGAUGUUGGUGCGAUGGCUACCUAAUACCGCCGAUACUCUUCCAGUAAAUGCUACACAUCGAGUGGGUAUUGGAGCUUUUGUAGUAAAUGAUAAAGUGCUUGUGGUUCAGGAGAAGGGUGGUGCAUUUAAAGGUACAGGUUUAUGGAAGCUACCAAUUGGGGUUGUCAAUGAGGGAGAGGAUAUCUGUAAAGCUGCAGUUCGGGAGGUUAAAGAAGAAACUGGAAUUGAUGCUGAAUUUGUGGAAAUUUUAGCAUUCAGGCAAAGUCACCAAUCAUUCUUUAGCAAAUCAGAUUUAUUUUUCGUUUGCUUGUUACGACCAAUAUCCUUUGCGAUCCAGAAGCAAGAUUCAGAGGUUGCAGCAGCCCAGUGGAUGCCAAUUAAGGACUAUGUGGAUCAACCAUAUAAUCAAGAACACCAGCUCUUCAAGUAUGUUGCUGAAAUAUGCAGAACUAAGUUAGAAAGGGACUAUGUUGGGUUUUCUGCAACGCCUAUGGUCACAGCUUCUGGUAAAAAGGUCUAUUUGUACUUCAACGGCAGGGAUUUCAGCAAACUGUAAGACCUUUACAGUAGAAUCCUGUCACUUACUGAUAAUAACUAAAAUCUCCCUGCUAUCCAUAAAUAACUAAAAUGUUAAAAGUUAGCUAGUAGUUGCUGAUAGUUAAUAGUGAUCAUGUUAAAGAAAAAUUAUUGUGUAAAAUCCGCAAUUGUAUUAUGUCAGGAAUCAAUAAAAUAUUAUUGUUCCCUCGAGGGUCGUUUUGAGUA